CGCGCAUCACCGGGACCUUCUUGAUCACGGCCUGGCCGGUUUGGCGGGGUGAAAGGUCGCGAAGAUGGCGACGGCCUUGAGCGAGGAGGAGCUGGACAAUGAAGACUAUUACUCGUUGCUGAACGUGCGCCGGGAGGCCUCUUCUGAAGAGCUAAAGGCUGCCUACCGGAGGCUGUGUAUGCUUUACCACCCAGAUAAGCACAGAGACCCGGAGCUCAAAUCACAAGCGGAACGGCUGUUUAACCUUGUUCACCAGGCUUAUGAAGUGCUUAGUGACCCCCAGACCAGGGCCAUCUAUGACAUAUAUGGGAAGAGAGGACUGGAAAUGGAAGGAUGGGAGGUGGUGGAAAGGAGGAGAACUCCAGCCGAGAUCAGAGAAGAGUUUGAGCGGCUACAGAGAGAACGGGAAGAGAGGAGACUGCAGCAGCGAACCAACCCCAAGGGAACCAUCAGUGUUGGAGUAGAUGCCACUGACCUUUUUGAUCGCUAUGAUGAGGAAUAUGAAGAUGUAUCUGGAAGUGGAUUUCCACAGAUUGAAAUUAAUAAAAUGCACAUAUCCCAGUCUAUCGAGGCACCCCUGACAGCAACAGACACAGCCAUCCUCUCUGGAAGCCUCUCAACCCAGAAUGGCAAUGGAGGUGGUUCCAUUAACUUUGCUCUCCGGCGAGUCACUUCUGCAAAGGGGUGGGGAGAGUUGGAGUUUGGAGCAGGAGACCUCCAAGGGCCUUUGCUUGGUCUCAAGCUGUUCCGAAAUCUCACACCAAGAUGCUUUGUGACGACAAACUGUGCUCUGCAGUUUUCUUCCCGUGGGAUCCGACCUGGCCUCACCACUGUCCUAGCUCGAAACCUGGACAAGAACACUGUGGGCUACCUGCAGUGGCGAUGGGGUAUCCAGUCAGCCAUGAACACCAGCAUUGUGCGGGACACUAAGACCAGCCACUUCACUGUAGCCCUGCAGCUGGGGAUCCCUCACUCCUUUGCCCUGAUCAGCUAUCAACACAAGUUCCAGGAUGAUGACCAGACACGCGUGAAAGGGUCCCUCAAGGCAGGCUUCUUUGGGACAGUGGUGGAAUAUGGAGCUGAGAGGAAGAUCUCCAGGCAUAGCGUUCUGGGCGCAGCUGUCAGCAUUGGAGUCCCUCAGGGAGUGUCUCUCAAAGUCAAGCUGAACAGGGCCAGUCAGACCUACUUCUUCCCUAUUCACUUGACGGAUCAGCUUCUCCCCAGUGCCGUGUUCUACGCCACCGUGGGGCCUCUCGUCAUCUACUUUGCUAUGCACCGUCUGAUCAUCAAACCAUACCUCAGGGCUCAAAAAGAGAAGGAACUGGAAAAGCAAAGGGAGAGCACCGCCAGUGACAUCCUGCAGAAGAAGCAAGAGGCAGAAGCUGCUGUUCGGUUGAUGCAGGAGUCUGUCCGAAGAAUAAUUGAAGCAGAGGAGUCUAGAAUGGGGCUCAUCAUUGUGAACGCCUGGUAUGGAAAGUUUGUCAAUGACAGGAGCAAGAAGAGUGAAAAGGUGAAGGUGAUCGACGUGACAGUACCCCUGCAAUGUCUGGUGAAGGACUCAAAGCUCAUCCUCACUGAGGCCUCCAAGGCAGGGCUGCCAGGGUUCUAUGAUCCAUGUGUGGGGGAGGAAAAGAACCUGCGAGUGCUUUACCAGUUCCGAGGCGUGCUGCACCAGGUGAUGGUGCCUGACAGCGAGGCCCUGAGGAUACCAAAGCAAUCUCACAGGAUCGAUACAGAUGGAUAAAGAACUGCCUAGGAACCUGAUUAAAAGAGGCUGCAAAAAAAAAAACUUUUCCUGGGAGUCUUUAAAUUUGGAAGCAGGGAAAACCCAGACUCAGAUGUUUUUAGUUUAUUCUUCAAGAAGGUGGCACCAUAUCAAUUAUGUGAAGGGACAUGCAGACACUCAUGGGUGCUGUGGGUAGGACUGAGAAGCCCCACCAGGCCAGACCACAGCACAGCCAUGUCUUUCCCCAAAGAUCAUGUUCCUGAGGGCAGGGCCCAGGCCAGCUCUUGGGAAUUCCCCACACCCUGGGUCCUCAGCACACGUGCCUGAGCCCAACAGCUCCUUCUCAGUUGUGUAGAGGUGUCGGUGAACAUCCUGCCCUCACACACAGGACUGCUUUCCUGAAGCCCACGCUGCAGUUGGGAAACGCCGAAAGAAAGGAGUAAAGGGUGUCAUCUGCCGGGGCCACUGCUCAGCCGACUUGCCACAAGCCACCUUUCCUCUGCUGAAAUAUUACUGAGUGAACUGGAGAGGACUGUGGGUUUAUAAAACUGCUUUUUAUCUGAGAACAAACAUGUUUGGAAACUGGUCUCUUUUUUCCCUAAUUCCAGAGCUUCUCAAAUCAUUCCUGUGGCCCUGGGCUUGGGACAGAGUGGUAUAACCCCAGGUCCCAUGGCUGGCCCUGUCAUGGUGUGCUGUCUGUGAGAAGAGGUCCUGCUGUCCCUUUCUCACCCCACUAGAGGAUGGGGUUGGAAUGAAGGGAGCUUUACAAGCAAAAGGGCAACAAAGCCCAGGGCCAGACGUGCCAAGCCCUUAAGUGUGGACCCAGGCUGGUGACUGUGCCUCUGGUGAGUGUCCAGCAGGUGACACUGGUACUCACUAGGGCCUCCUCAAAGGGCAACUUGAGGGGUGUCUCACCUCCGAGAUUCCUUCUCUUGCCCACUUGCUGUUUGGUGAGCAAGAGACAUGUUGCACAGGUCCUGGAAUAGUCACUGCUCACACACACCCCCAAGCACAUGCUGCUUGGGACGUGGUGUGGGCCUGAGCGCCCUUGCAGCCAUUGUUAAAACCAGUGCUGGUUUACCAGCUAACUGUAAUGACCCUAUUCUCCAGUUUCUAAAAGGAGUUCAGAUUGUCCAAUUCUGUAAUAUUUAAUUUCCAUUUUCAAAGAGAAUGUUUCUUUGCCCCAUGGACUGACCAGUUCACACCAUGUUGCAUGAGCCUCAGUUCCCACGGUGCUGCUCCUCGUUAGCCUGAAGCCGACUGUAUGGCAGCACUGCCCACAAUAAACCUGUCCUGAAAGCCCA